CUCGCGUGUGUGUGUGUAGCCCCUGAAGGGCUUGAAGAACAUGAAAUCGUCAUGGCUGGGGCUUACGCUAGCCGUGGUCGUGCUGUGUACGACCACGCGCUUUGCUUCCGCUACCAAGCUUAACUAUCCGCGUGUUUUACUGCCCAUCUUUGACCACAUUUCGGUGAACUUCACGCUUGAGGUCGUCGAGAAGGGAUGUUUUAAGUGGACUUCGUCACGGCUUGAUCUAAUCCAAAUCACACCUUCCUAUGAUGACGUCGACGAGGAUUGCUCGUACCGUGUGGUGGUGACCGUAAUAAACAAGGAAAAACGACGAAACACUGCCAUCGUGCUGGCGGAAGAUCUAGUUACCGGCGAGGUGCUACGUUGCGAUGUGAUCUUGGAUGUGAUCGAUCAGCUGGGCGUACUGACGACGACCCGUGAACUUUACCUUGAGGAAGCGCCGGAAACGUUCGAGUUGUGGGCACAGGAUGCACAGGGCAAUGCAUUUACAACGCUGGAAGGUAUUGAGUUCCACUGGCAGAUAGCUUCCCAUCGGUCACACGAUUCACGCCAUGGUGGGGCUGGCGACAGUAGCUGGAGUCAGGUGUUGCGUUUUUUGACCUUUUCCGAGAGCAAGUUCCAUGUCGUACCGCGACCAAUCGAACGGCUCGAGGUGGCCGGUGUGCAAGGAUACAUGGUGCUGUUGGAGGGAAUCAAUACCGGAUCGGCUAGAGUAACGGCAAGGCUGCCCCAUGUCGAGUAUUCGCACGUCCCACCGGUAGAUGUUAACAUUAUGGUUCUGGCGAAUCUUUUACUUGAUCCGAGCGAUGUAUACAUUCUCCCCGGGGACACUAUCGAAUUCAAGGUGUUGCAGUUGAAGCAGGGCAAGCUGCACGAAAUUGCACUCAACAGCCAAUACUAUCUGGAAAUUGAAGAUGCAACGUUUGCCAGUAUGAUUGGGAAUGCUGCCAAGGGUUUGCAGGUGGGCAGAACGUUCGUGCGACUGCGGGACCGUAACGUACCGCACGAUACGAACGCAAUAAAUGAUGAGGCAAACUCAAAGGCAACUCUUCCGAAAGCGAGCCUCACGGUGGUGGAUCCGAUGAAGCUGACCAUUAAUCUCUUACCACACUACAACUGGGUAACGGUCGAGGGAGAGAAUCACGAAAUUGCGUUAAAUCUGUUCACACACGACGAUCAUCAAAUUACGCUUGGGGCAAAGUACAAGAUUAAGUCCACGUUCGAUGAGUCUCUGUUCUAUCCGAUCCGGGUAACGUCCAAUGGAAGCAGUAUCUUCGGUGAAACAGUUACUACUGGAAGUAGUCCGGUGACGGGCAAGUUUGAAAAGCUCUCGGCCAAGGCGGAAAUGAUUGUGUACAAGCGAUUGGCGAUUCAUCCUCCGGAAGUAAUCCUUCCGUUCGAUCCUAACCUUCGCAGACAAAAGCUGCAGUUCACUGCUACCGGUGGUGAUGGAGCGUACAGCUGGUCCUCGCAGGACUCGAACGUUGUGGGCAUCUCGCAGACUGGAUUGGCCGAAGCACGGUUGGACCAGAUCAAGGGAGUGAACGAAAUGGCGACUGAAACCGAACUCGCCAAAGUAACCCAGGUGAAGGUGGCCAUGUCUCGGAACGUGCGAAUCUACGUAACGGCACAGGUGAUGUUUUUGCCACCGAUAAAGCUUGAAGUCGUCCGGUACAACUUCGAAACCGUGCUGAAGGAUUACGUUCGAUUGCAUGUAGGACUGUGGGCACGUUAUAAUGGAACGCUAAAACCGUUUACUUCCUGCGACAAUCUACACUUUGAGCUGGAGUUUAGCAAUCCCAUCUUUAUGACGGAAACGUUUUCCUCGGUAAAUGGAGAGACUGAAGAACCGUUGGCUAAUGGUGCUUGCCGGAUACUUUACCUACGAUCGACCAUGGUCGGGCAAACGAAUUUGAAGAUCACGUAUCGGUAUUUCGAUAAGCUGCUUAGCGAUCACGUUAGUUUGAAUGUGUUUGAGCAGCUGGCAAUUGAGAAUCCGAUCGAGAACGAAGUUGUUCUGCCGAUCGGCGCAUCACGCAACCUUUUCUACUACAAUGGACCGGAGCAUAUCUUUAACUCGGAGGCGGAACUCCAGCGACAGCUAGUUUACGAUCAAAAAGCACUCGAAGUAACGCAGAUGGGCAGUGGAUUUUCGAAGGAUAAGCACAUCCUGCGAGCUCUGUGCAAGAAGCUGGGAGAUUAUGAGCUUAAGUUGGAAGUAUUUAAUACCCUAAACGCCCCUAAUGUUGUACCGUACGUGACUGAAUUCGUGACGAAGGUGUACUGCGUGAAACCACGCUUCAUAAACCUCAUCACAACGGACAAGGUAAAGAUGGGAUGUCCGCUGGAGCGCCGGAACUCGAUGAUGCACGUCAAAACGGCGGACAACGCAGACCAGAUGAUGAUCGACAUCGAGGUGCUGGAUGUGCAAAAUCGUAAGCUGGCCAACAUUUCUUCUCUCCUGUUGGAAUGGAAAUUUGCUUCCGUGGACACGCAAACCUCUUCCGGCUCGUCGGCAGGAGCUGGCGAAACCGAACUUGUCCUGAACUACGAUUACAAAACGGAAGUGGAACGUUUGGAAGGUGUUGAAAUUCCUGGACGAGAUUAUUUGCUACUCAACCUUCCCCGAGAGCUAGAGGCUAACCUGAAAGUGAAAACGAUCGUAACAGAUUACCGAGCGGAAGUGCUUAAACGGUACGCAAUCAAGCCAGAAAGUCCACCCUUCGGUGUGCAGAAAAAGGCAGGUUCGGCACUCGUCAAACCGAUCAUUGAAAACGAGCUGAACUUUGUGUCGGUUAAUCGUACAUUGCUUCCGUACGAUCGAUUAACGCUCUUCCUUACCACCGAUGCCGUUGAACGUAUUAAGGUUGCCCAGGGUAGCGGAUUCUACGAGAUAAAAGCGUCCGAGCCGGGUAUCGUUUCCGCACAGUUCGAUGGAACAUCGCGUCAGAUCAUCAUCAGCCCGCGUAAGAUCGGUGAGGUGAAGCUGGAAAUUACUGACCAGUGUCUCAGUACGGAGCCGAGCUUUCUGCACGUGUCGGUUGUGACGGUUGGCCGCAUUACCGUACUGUCGCCGGAUCGUGUUGAGAAAACGAAAAAGAUUGAAGCGAUCGUACGGUUGUAUGAUAGCAAUGAUCGAUUGGUGGAGCUUAAGCGUGAUCGUUUGGAGUUGUACGAUCUGCGUACUGAGGUUUACAAUCCGACCGUGCUAAACCUUGCCCUUGGCAGUCAAUCGCAGCUAGGUGUAGGGGAGAUACGUUACAUUGUGACCGGUAUGGAGUUGGGAGAGACCAAGUUCAGCGUUAGUUCGGGAAGUGGAAAAGAAAUGAUAACGAGUGCUCCGGCACCGGUACAGGUGUUUCCACCGUUGAUGCUCCUACCACGCAAUGCUACGAUCCUGGUGGGAAGUACUCUGCAGAUUUAUAGUAAGGGAGGACCUACACCGGACACGAAUAUUAUUUACAGUGUGCAAAAUGCGGAUAUUAUUGAUGUGGAAUCAAACAUCGCUAGCGGACUUAAAAUUGGACGUUCGAAGGUAACGGGACGCUGUGUUGGCGUUAAUCCUACCACCGGAGCACAGAUAGUGUUUUCUGAGGAUAGCAUCAUCAUUCAGGUAAUUCCACUGGAUGCGAUCGAGUUGAGGACACCGUUGAAGCGCAUACAGGCUGGUGCUACCAUGCCGGCAUAUGUGUGGGCCGUACCAAACAUCUCCCCGCUUGUACUCGGCACGGUGCAGAACGUUCAGAUCCGCUGGUCUACCGAUCAUACCGAUGUGCUUGACGUACGCGGUGUGUUCCAAGAUGUUGGUAUCGAGUAUCCGGCUCGUGAUGCAAUUACAAUGCGUGUGAAAGCAUUAGCACCGGGUAGAGCGACACUGCAUGUGACGCUUGUAACGCCUAACGGAUUGAAGUUGACCGCCAAAACUGAUGUAACCGUAUUCCGAAUGUUGGAGUUGGUUGCUCCGAAAGCGAUUCGCUAUGAUUCAAUUCUGCUUCCACCGAAAGCUACGAUACAGUUGAAAUCCAAUCUGGACGAUGCAGUGUACCAUCUAGACAGUGAAACAUCUUCCGGCGGUGUGUUGCAGGUGACGCGCGACGGAUUGGUAAAGAGUGGCGAUACUGCCGGACGUGUGCAGGUGAUUGCAUCCUCGCAGGACCAAUCGCUUACGAUACCGCUCGAGAUAAAGCCGGUACAUUACAUUAUGGCUUCCCUACAACCGGGGACGGUAAAACUAAAGCGUAUCGAAAGCAGUAUCCCGCAAGGAUUUAGUCUUUCAUUGAAGGUGUCGCUGCACGAUAGUCUUGGUAAUGAAUUUUCACACGGAUUGGAAGACGUUUCGACACUUAAGCAUAAGCUGUCAAAGCGUGGAAACGUGUUGAUCAGCACUGGAAGUAACUAUAGCGUAGCGCUUGAGCUAAUUCGUGAAACUUCCGACAUGAUGGUGGUCGCAUUGCGUGAUCAGACCGGUGUGAAGUUUGGUGAAGAUUUCCUUAAGCUGGUCGUCGGUGAAGAAUCAAGCGGGUUGGUGUUCCCUAGUAGAGGCGUGUUUGCUGUCGGGGAUGUAGUUUGCUUCAGUUCACCGUUGCUAAGCUCCGAUGCGCGCUGGAGCAGUUCGGAUGAGUCGUUGGUGAAGAUUGAUUCCAAAACUGGAGUCGCGCUGGUACUUGGAACUUCGGCGAGUUCUGUUGGUGGAAGUGCAGAGGAUGUGGUAACGAUUCGUCACGGCGAUAGACGGAACGGUGGAAUUUCGUUCAGUGUAGACGUACUGCAAGCAGAUCGAAUCGAGUUCUUCAAAAGCUACGAUAUAUUCAACGGAAACUCCUACCGAGGACACUUGGUGAUCAAGAAUCAUCUUCAGAUGGAUAAGUUGGUUAACGUAAUAGCUAUGAAUGUGUCCACCUGUCGGGAGCAAGUGGAACGAUCGUUCGGUGGACUGUUUGCCUGCAAGCUUACCGUACGCCAAGGAACACCCGAUCUGUUGAAGCAUUUCAAAGUUCUUCCGGGUUACGAUCCAACGAUUGGUGCGUAUAGCUGUAACAUAGAGCUUCUGACAACACUAGAUGACGUGGCGAAUGUCAUCAAGUCGAACGAGUACACGCUAGAGCUGGAAGUUCGUCUGAUCGCCUCGGGAUUGACCGAUACGUCCACACUUAAAAUGGUACCAGCGGUGCGCAUCGAACCGGAAGCAAUUGCGGUGGAUCAGAUCAAUAAGCAAAGCCUUAUGAUCGCAGGACUCGAUCGAGUACUGCAGAAGGUAGAGGUGACUUCAUCCGAUCCUGCCGUCUUAGCUAUUCGCCAACAGCAAAAGCAACCGGGUUUGCUCGAGUAUCGGCUCGAACUGCUGUCGACAUACAAGGAAGAAUGGGCCGAUAGUUUGGCUGUUUUGGUUAACUCACCGCUUACGUUGCAGAAUGUUAGGGUUCCGAUCAAUUCACCAAUGGUACCAAGAAAAUGUGCCACUCAACCAUUCACCAGUACGCCGGAUUUGUUGGUAAACUAUAUGAGCAACUUUGGACUACUAAUUUCCGCUGUGACGGUGCUUGCUGCAACAGUUUGGGUCUUCGUUUUUUGCUUUCCCCAGCGACAGAAGACGGCUGCGAACGGAAAUGUGCACUCGCCAUUUAAAAAUGAGCACAAUUUAUCAUCCUAUGAUAAUAGGAUAAGCGGCAGUCCAUUUGCUAGUCCAUUAGAGAAGCGCGGCAGUAAUCUACAGUCAUCGUCACCGUUCGCCGGCGGUGGUAGCCCGGGACAUCAUAGCUUCGGCGGUUCGCAAGGCAAUCUAAGUCAUGAUUUCAACACAAGCGGCACCUCGCACGGCUCACCGAUCUACGGUGAUGCGACCAUAAUAUCGCCCCAAAAGCGGGUAAACCGACGUUACCUGUAAAUAUAGAGUCCAGGAUAAGUAACAG